AUGACUUCAAACAGUUCUGUCAGUCUAUACCACAAUCCCUCUCCGCUAACGAUCGAGAAUCUGUCGAAAGGUGUGAAUCACCACAAACUCAAUAUAUAUAACGCCAGAUAUCACGGCGGAAACCCUGCGAUGAGUAAUUCGCGUUAUGGUAACGGAGCGCCCCUUUCGCACAUGAUUUCCCAUUAUAUUGGAUCCAAUGAUCUGCACAACUCUCAGAGUCUGACCCAAAACUCUCACUCCUCUCAGAGUCGGGCGCAGACCCAUCACUCCCAACACAACCAACAAAGUCAUCAGCCGUUGAGUUCAGUUGUCAAUCGGAUCCGACCCGAGAAGUCCAACCGACGCAAUGUCCAGAAGCUUACGUGGAGGAGCUCUCAGUGGGUGAAGGGGUUUGAUGGAGACGAUGAGGACUACGACAACUCACAUAUCAAUAGCAUGACGAUCACCGACGUGUCCACUACUGUAGCCAUCAGAAGAAUAUUACUUCUCUAUGAGAACCUCCAGUUCCGAGAAGCGGCCAAUUUUAUCAAUCGUCUCAACUAUAGUACAUUCAAAGCCAUAAUAACUGAUUUGCCAAUUGAUGUGUUCGUUGAGUCCAUUCCCAACUCUCUGCCAAUUCUUGAGGCUCUUUACGCCAAAGUGUUUCUCAGUGCAAGCGAUGGACUCACACUUUCAUUCAAAUUUCUUCAUCCGGAGAAUGUGAUGAUGCAAAUGGUCAGACUCUUCGCCCUUCAGAGCCCAUCCAUUCCUGAAAACGCCAAUUGUCUCCUCCAAUGCAUUCAAGAGCGCUUGGAUACCAAUCACCCGGCAGUUGUCUCGUGUAGGAAACUAUUAAAGGUUAUAAUAUUGUGUGAGCCCGGUUUGAGAAAACAAAUAUAUUGCAAAAAGCGAUCCCUUGACCGGGCUAUUGAGGGUAUGGGUCAUCACGGACUGGUGGGGACUUCCGAUGAAAAGCUCAUGAAUCUACACGAAGCGCUUAAACUAGAGUUUGAACGCGUUAUACAACACUAUAAGAUUGCGGUACAAAAGCUCGAAGAGUUGGCUUUGGCUAAGAAUAAAGAGCCGAUUACCAGUUCAUUAUCACAGGGACCCGCGCCCACCAAUAGCUCACAUCAGAGGUUAUUGAGCUUAAGACAGGAUGAGAUCCAAGAGAGACUAAUUAAGAAUAAGACACUUCUGAACGCUAUAGAGCCCUGUUCUUUGACCAACCAUUCCCUGCAAAUACUGUUAGCAAUACUCCAGAAACGUAUCGAUUAUGACAAAGAAGUUCUCUUCCAAUUCACUCAAUUGAGGAAAGAGUACUCAUCCCUCUCUCCCAACUCAUCCGCUCACAAUCCCAUCGAUAAGGAGGCUAUUGUCGCACCAGUUCUCAUGAGAUUCUCCCAUGGAUGUGGACAGGUCUUGAAUCUCAUAAAAGAAGUUCACGGCUCAGACACUGUGGACAACGAUGACAGCAGCGAUAUAUCCGGAUAUCACAGCGAUUCCGAUUCGGCACUAAUCAUGAACUCUCCGCUCAAUAUUCCCAACUGUAAGGCAACCAAAAAGUACAAUACAGUCCUCUAUCGAUCCGUGCGAGUGAAGAGCAAUAGGCCGAGUGCUCGUCGACUAGUGAGCGGUGGAUCUGCCGGUAGUGACACUCGUAGUGACACUCAAUCAUUCUCUGACAGCGGAAAGUCAGACAACAGUGGAGGCAAUGGUUUGGACCCUAAGUUCGCAUCGGAUACUGUAUCUAAUGGUUCUCGUCGCGACUCUUCAGGAGACAGUUGUGUGACAGUAAAGGGAAGCAUUUGGACACAACGUGUUGAGGACACGAGUGAAUUGGAUGUCUUGCGUCGAGAACUCGUGAAAUGCAAGCAAACAAUCUUUGAAUUACAAGAAAAGGAGCGCAAACUGAAGGACAGACUCGCGGAACAGAGCCAACGAAUGCUCGAAAGGGGCGUUCGCUUCGAGAAUGUCUGUCUCGGAGACCGCAGACCCACGGCUCUCAUCAGGAGAUACGGAAACCUUUACGCACAGGCCCGAGUCGACACAUUGGAUGCGUUGGAUAGUCUUCAAGCGCUGAGAGAUGCCGAUGAACUCAAAUCGAAACUCCUUUUCUCUGUAGUAGUCCUUGCGUUCCGUUCGGUUCAGCACUUGUUGGUUGACAUAAAGCAUCGAUUGAAUCAAUUGCUUCAGAUUGCGGACUCAUUAGAGGUGCCAACUAUUGAUCCCUCAGUCAAAGAGCUCGACUCAAGCGUUAACUCAUAUCUGCGGUCAACCACUGAUCGAUUCGAUGUCAACAAAAACGUUGAGGAGGUUUGCACUCAAAUUUGGGCCACACUUUACGACUAUCCGUGUUUGAAAUCGUGCGAUGUUUUAGUAACAUACGUGAGGGACUGUAUCAAACUGGCCUGGGCACUUUCCAUACAGAACCCACCCUUCGUUAUAGAGUACGAGACACGAAGUUUCCGCAGAGAUAUGCACAUUAAGUUCCACUCCUCUAACCAGGACUCGGAUGUAAUUAAGACUUAUCUCUGGCCGGCCCUACUCGAGGAAGCGACUAACGGUCCCUGUGUUCAUAAGGGAGUUGUCAUUACCUGAUACUACAAAUUGAAUUAUCAAUUAUUCAUUCCAUAAAUUAAAGGAUUGGG